AUGGAUAUUUUUACCUGUAGCAGCCCACAUAUGAGCAUGUCUACUGCCCUUGGUAAGACAGAACGACUCCCUGAAUACGCUUCGGAACAAGACCUUGGACAUGGUGGACCGCUGAUCCUUCGACCCUUGAAGGCUGACAGGAAGCAGGCUGAGUAUGGAAUUGUUCACUGUGAAGAGGCAAAAUCGUAUAGUUCUCACCUCCUAACCCGUCCCAAAUGCUCUCAUGUGGUCUGA